CCGAUUGCGAGUGUCAUGGGCUUAGUGAUGUAUCGGCUUUGGAUGUGGUGUGUUGCGCUUGCGUUGGCAGCGCUAUGGUUUGCACCAGCGCAGGCUGUCGUUGGAGGUGCCCCAGCCUCACCUCCCGAACCUGAUGCUGCGGUAGUCUUCACGCAGCGGCACGGGUUCAGCGCACGCAUCGAAGGAAUUAAAGAUGACAAACUCGGAUAUUAUAGCUUCUUUGGCAUCAGGUAUGCGGAACCACCAUUGGGUCCUCAAAGGUUCCAGCGACCCGUUCGCCGGUACCUCGCUGGAGAGAUGGUGGCCAACCGACACUGCUAUCCAUGCCCCCAACCAGACCCUUACCAGCGGAAUCGGAUCAUAGGCCAUGAAGAUUGCUUGUGUCUGAACGUGUAUGCUCCCAAAAUGCCUGCUACUGAGGAAGGAAGCCCAGUAGUAUUCUUCAUUCAUGGUGGUAAUUACAGAACAGGAUCGACGGCAUCGUAUGGGGGUCAACAUCUAGCCCAGAAGGACACCAUAUUGGUAACAGCUCAAUAUCGACUGGGAUCAUUAGGAUAUUUGAGCACGGGGCAGAGGGAUGCUGGAGGAAACCUAGGACUUUUUGACCUGCACACUGCCAUGAUCUGGAUCCAAGAUUACAUUCAAUUUUUCGGUGGUGAUCCAAAACGCGUGGUUGUUAUGGGCCAAGGUUCUGGUGGCAGUGCGGCUUCUCUCAUGGCAAUGUCACCUGAAGGUCGCAGUGCUACAGGAGUGGCUGCCCUGUCUGGAGCUCCAUUGUCUCCAGGCGCGGUGAGACCCGAUCCGGCCAAACACGCUGAGGCUGUUGCUGAACGCACAGGGUGUCCAAAGAAACCAGCUGAAAGUCUACUCAAAUGUUUGAGACAGUUACCGGUUGAGAAACUUGUGCAGGCGGACGAGGAUAUAAAUAUGGAUAUGGUAGAUACGCAAAGAUUUUUAGAAGAAAUCUCUGGACGUUCAGGUGCUGGCGCCAGAGUGGAAGGUGAGGAUGACCUCAGAGCUCUUCCACCGUUAGUGGCUGAGUCUCCAGCUGAGGCUCUCAACAAGAAACAGAAACGAGUUCCUCUGCUUACUGGCGUUACUUCAGCAGAGACCUCGAGAGCUGUAUUUGGAAAAUUCAACAAGUUCUUAACACACCAGCUUCAAACCGUGAAGGACUUUUUGAAGAAGGACUUGAUCGGUGGUCUGCAAAACGUGGUGAAUGGAGUGGAGGGUCUGAUUCCUCUGGCUUCCAACGUACAAGCCGUGUUGCCUGUAACCGCCUACUACGAGGGUUUGCUCAAACAGGCUACUGAUAUCGUUGAUAGUCUCUCUGAAGUUGCUGAGGCUACAGGUGACGCUCUGUUUAACUUCCCCGCUUACCAGAGUGUCCAGAAGUGGAGUUCAGGGGGCGAUGCUUUUCUCUACAGCUUCGAACAUGUUGGGAACCUCUCGAAAGGAUGGCAUUUUUUGCCUGGAGUAGCUCUUGCAGUAAAAAUUAAAAAACAUGUUACAGAGAAAGAUGACAGUGAAAUGGUUAAGCCGAAAAAGUCACAAGGUCCAUCUCAUGGUGAUGAACUAGCUUAUAUCUUCGAGCCUUUGGAUGCUGACGGCAAGUCGAUGGGAGAUGAGGUAUCUAGCACUGAUGCUAGAGUGCGUGACAACUUCGUGGGACUUAUUGCCAAAUUCGCUCAUGGAUCUGAUAAAACUGACGCCAAUAACAACACCCUGUUCGGUUUUGCUAAUAACUUAUUACCUAGAAGUAAAGACCAAUUUUUGAAAAUUGGUGAAUCUUUAACUAUCGACAAAGAUUUCAGAUUUUGUCAAAUCGGUCUAUGGGGCAACAUGGCAGACAGAUUAACAGGGGCUCUCUGCAAGAAUUUCCUUGGUGAUUUGUUAAACCUGUCGCAAUUGUCGAACUUUAAUAUAGCGCAGCCGUUGGGAGGACAGAACGCCGGGCCCUUGGGCCUGCCAGGCCUGUUGGGUAAUACGGGUACCAGGGCACCUCAGACACAGACACAGAAGAAGCCACAAAGAGUCACACAGGCCCCCUUCAGACUACCAUUUGAUUUUUAAAUUUUAUAAUAAUGUCCUAAACGUACUCAGUUAACUUGAUUGUCUUUGUUUUCGCUUUAUGUGAAUAUUAAUUCUUUGUACAGGUGGUCUAAUGAUUAAAUAAAGAAAUAAAUUUACUUACGUCAGUAAUUCUAAGUUUUUUCAUUACGUAACUAAUAUUUAGAAGAAUAGCUGGUUCGAGAUACCCAGCCAAAAUAUUUUAAGGAUUGCCCUCAAGUACAAAAUCAAGGUUAUUGUGUUCUGGAGAGGGCAUUGAAACAAUGCAUUUAAAAAUCAUCUUCCCAACUAAACAAGGAAACAUGUAUUUAAUUUUAAAGUUUUCAAAACAUUUGUCAAAAUUAGAUGUGUACUUACAAGAUAAUAAUUUUUGAACAAAUAUAUGAAAUUCUCGGAUCUGUUUGAGUAAACAUACUUGUAUCAAUACCUACGUCAUGUAUUUGUGCUUGCCAUCUUCAGACAUUGAUUCUAGAAAUUGACCUGCUUUAUCUCAGUGGUUUUGAAAACUAGUGCUUCCCACGCGACUUUGUUCCGUGAAUUUCUAUCGUGUUCACAAUCCUAAUCCCGUCUUUAACUAUAAAUCAAAUCAUCAACUAAUAAUACAUUCAAAAAGUAAAUUAAAGCUGACUAAAACAAUGUCAAUCUAGGCAUAUCAUUUAGUUAGUAGCCAUUCCCACGCAGUAUCACCAGCUCUGCUUGGUUCAUAUUCUAUUGAUUGUAGCGUAUUGAUUCUUUCUCGAUAAAUAGACUAACCAACACAAUAAUAACUUUUCAAUUCGGACCAGUAGUCCCGGAGAUUAGCGCGUUCAUACAAACAAACAAACUCUUCAGAUUUAUUCUGCUAGCGGCUUCCCGGCUUCACUAGCGUUCCUGUGGGAAAGAAAGUAACCCAAGUCAGCUCAUACCCCUUCAGCCUGAUUGGUGGAUAAUCAUCCAAACAAACAAAACACAAUUUUAAGGUGGAAGUAAUAAGAUUCAAAAAGAUACUUUAAAAAACCUUGUAGAUGUAGUAUAUGAUACAGAUAUUGAAGCGUAUACGCUCCAGUUGACUCCGAUACGGAUGACACAGACAAAAACUCGAAUCUUUUGUCUUUAUGUAAUUAGUGUAGAUAGAACCGAGUAGGUAAUCUGAGUCAAAACAGGAAAACCGGUUUAUCGCUUGACCAUAAUAAUAAUAGAUAUAACAGACCCACAAACAUGACUAUUAUUUAAGUAGCAGUGUGAUUGCACUGGGGAUAAUAUUAAGACGCGAGUGAAUAUUUCCCUCAGUGGUUAUUUGAUAUUGAUCAAAAUGCGUCGUGCCUGUGCCAUUAUUUUGUUCCUUGUGUUCACUCAAUACUUGAUUGAGACGUCCCAGGCGACGCCCAGUCCUCAGUAUGGUUCUGCCGGGCCUUCUUGCGGGACCCAUGGUACUACUUGCACUUCAGACAGUGACUGCUGCGAAAACUCUACAUGCCACAGAUACGCCAAAAGAUGCCAAGUUAAAUUAAAUUUAGGUAUUCCUAAGAAUUAUUAAUUAGUUAUUUCUUAUGUUAUUAUUUUUACUAAGCCCAAAUAAAUAUUACUUAAUUAAAACUA